AUGGCAAACAACAUAAGUCGAAACUUCGAAAUUGUCGUUGCUUAUUACAACGAGGAUCUAUCAUGGCUUCAGAACUAUAUUACAGACUGUAAAAUCUAUGCGAAAGGGUUUGUUCCUACUUUGAGCAACAAUCUGCGCUAUGAGAAACUUCCAAACAUCGGCAGAGAGGGGCAUACUUAUCUUCAUCAUAUCACUACUUGUUAUGAUCAACUUGCCGAUGUAACUCUUUUCGCCCAAGGACGCAUCGAUGACCAUGUCGCUGGUUCAAUUGACGAAAUAAAAGCCGUAUCUCUAAAUAUGGACCAGUCUCAAGUUCUCACCUUUCCAUCGACGGAUACAGUUUCAACUGAAUUCAUUUGCUUCGAUGAAUGGGACGGUAUUCAGUGGCAAUCCCAUCCGAGUCUAGAUAAAUGGGCAGCUAUGGAUAUGAAACCAGCUGAAAAGACUCCUGCUAUGUACUUCGCUCAAAUUUUCGGCCAUGGAGAUGUUCCACUUUGUAUUGGAUAUACAUCAGGCGCCGUGUUUACUGUUUCGCGACAACUUAUUCAGUCUUAUCUUAUUGAGUUUUAUGAGAAAUUGCUUGAUACAAUGUUCUUGGGUUGUAUGAAGCAUAUAAAUCCAGAAACUGGAUUCUAUAUGGAGAGAUUCUGGCUUGCUAUGUGGGAGCCUAAGGAGUAUAUUUGCUGGAGCAAAGCGGAUAUUUCAAAAUUGGAGAGGAACUCACGGGGACAACUUGCAAAAGGUAGAUGGCAGCCAAUUCCUAUGUUAUAG